AUGCCUCCAAGGUCCUCUGCAGCAAAUCUGUGUUACAGUCUUACUUGCAGUCUAACUCGUCCUCAUUCUGCCCUGUUGUCACGCAAGAUCGUGACUAGUCUUCGCUGCUUACGGCCCGUAUCUUUUCCGAAUCCAUCCUCCGUUCAUUGGCGCUCUUUCUCUGCUUCCACCCCUACCUCUUUUACCACAUCCCAGAUCAUGGCUCAAAUCGAGCGCAUUACAGAGGAUUUGCAGAGGCCGGAGCUUGAUGACCGCACAUACCGGGUUAUUCGUCUGCCAAACAAGCUCGAGGCCCUCCUGGUGCAUGAUCCCGACACUGAUAAGGCCAGCGCCUCUGUUAAUGUCAAUGUGGGCAAUUUCUCGGAUGAUAUUGACAUGCCAGGGAUGGCUCAUGCUGUAGAGCAUUUGCUAUUCAUGGGGACAAAAAAGUACCCUAAGGAAAACGCAUACAGCCAGUACCUAGCAUCCCACUCCGGUUCUUCAAACGCCUACACAGCCGCCACCGAAACGAACUACUUUUUUGAAGUGGCUGCAACAGGCGACCCUAGUACCCCGAAAUCCAGUGGAUACAGUACCCCGGCCGAGACGAAUGGUAAUAAUGGUGUUCUAUCUAAUGGGGAUGGAUUAGAGGGCAAGUCACCUUUGUAUGGUGCAUUGGAUCGGUUUGCCCAGUUUUUUCACUCUCCGCUGUUUCUAGAGUCAACCCUAGAGCGUGAGCUGCAAGCGGUGGAUUCUGAGAAUAAAAAGAACCUUCAGAGUGACAUGUGGCGUUUGAUGCAACUCAACAAGUCUCUCUCGAACCCUAAACAUCCCUACAGUCACUUCUCGACUGGUAAUCUGCAGACUUUGAAGGAAGAUCCACAGAAGCGUGGUCUAGAAGUCCGCAGUGAGUUCAUCCGUUUUUACGAGAAGCACUACUCAGCCAACCGUGCGAAGCUGGUUGUUUUAGGACGCGAGUCUCUGGACACGCUGGAACAGUGGGUCGAUGAGCUUUUCUCUGGCGUUGAGAAUAAGGACCUUGCUCAGAACCGCUGGGAUGAUGUGCAGCCCUUCACCGAGAAGGAUAUGUGUACGCAGGUUUUUGUGAAGCCCGUGAUGGAUGCUCGCUCCAUGGAUCUGUACUUUCCCUUCCUUGAUGAGGAGGAUAUGCAUGACACUCAGCCCAGCCGGUACAUCAGCCAUCUGGUUGGUCACGAGGGCCCGGGAAGUGUUCUCUCUUACCUUAAGGCUAAGGGCUGGGCCAACGGCUUGUCUGCAGGUGCUAUGCCCGUCUGCGCCGGGGCGGCAUUCUUCACCAUCUCCGUGCGCCUGACUCCCGAGGGAUUGAACAAGUACCAGGAAGUUGCUAAUGUGAUCUUCGAGUAUAUUGCGAUGAUCCAACAGCGUGAGCCGGAGCAAUGGAUCUUCGAUGAAAUGAAGAACCUUGCUGAGGUUGAGUUCCGCUUCAAGCAGAAGACCCCGGCAAGUCGCUUCGCCAGCCGACUGAGCAGUGUUAUGCAGAAGUCCCUACCUAGGGAAUGGCUGCUGAGCAGUUCCUUGUUGCGUCGAUUUGACUCCGAUUUGAUCAAGAAGGCACUCAGUUACCUGCGGGCGGACAAUUUCCGCCUUGUCAUUGUGUCCCAGAACUUCCCAGGCACAUGGGAUCAGAAGGAGAAGUGGUAUGGCACUGAAUACAAGGUCGAAAAGAUCCCCCAGGAGUUCUUGGGUGGUCUCCAAAAGGCCCUAGAGUCAACUGAAACUUCUCGGACUUCCGAUAUCCACAUGCCUCACCGCAACGAGUUCGUACCGACCAGACUGUCUGUGGAAAAGAAGGAGGUUGCCGAGCCAGCUAAGACCCCAAAGUUGAUCCGCCAUGACGACCGGGUGCGUUUGUGGUACAAGAAGGAUGACCGUUUCUGGGUGCCCAAGGCUACUAUCGAGGUUACGCUCCGUAACCCUCUCGUGGUGACCACCCCUGCCAACAUCAUCAAAACGAAGCUAUACUGUGCGUUGGUGCAGGACUCGUUAGAUGAAUACUCUUACGAUGCUGAGCUUGCUGGAUUGGACUACCAUCUUUCCUCCAACCCCUUGGGUUUGGAUAUCUCCGUGAGCGGAUACAAUGACAAGAUGUCUGCCCUUCUUGACAAGGUCCUCAACACCAUGCGUGGACUCCAGAUCAACCAGGACCGGUUCACCAUCAUCAAGGAGCGUUUGACGAGAGCAUUCCGCAACGCUGAGUAUCAGCAACCUUACUACCAAGUUGGCGAUUACACUCGUUACAUCCUUGCUGAACACGGCUGGGUAAACGAGCAGUUACUUGAAGAGCUAGAGCAUAUUGAAUGCGAGGACGUGGUCAAGUUCUUCCCCCAGCUGAUUGAGCACACCCACAUUGAAGUCCUGGCCCAUGGAAACUUAUACAAGGAGGAUGCUCUGCGCAUGACGGAUUCUAUUGAGAAGAUCUUGGGAGGGCGUCCUCUGCCUCCGUCUCAGUGGUACUUGCGCCGCAACAUGACCCUUCCCCCCGGUUCCAACUACACUUAUCCCCGCGCGCUCAAGGACCCGGCCAAUGUCAAUCACUGCAUCGAGUACUACCUAUACAUCGGACUCUUCUCCGAUGAUCUCCUGCGCUCCAAGCUCCAGCUGUUCGCACAGUUGACAGAGGAGCCCGCAUUCGACCAGCUGCGUAGCAAGGAGCAGCUCGGAUAUGUCGUGUGGAGCGGCGCACGGUACAGUGCCACCACCAUGGGCUACCGGGUCAUCAUCCAGAGUGAGCGUACGGCCCAGUUCCUCGAGUCCCGCAUUGAGUCUUUCCUUCGUGAAUUCGGUCCCAUCCUCGAGAAGAUGCCCGAGGAUGAAUUCGAAGGCCACAAGCGCAGCGUUGUCAACAAGCGCUUGGAAAAAGUCAAGAGCCUGAGCCAGGAGACUGGUCGUUACUCGUCGCGCAUCGGCUCUGAGUAUUUCGAUUUCCUGCAGCACGAGACCGAUGCGGCGAAUGUACGUACGCUUUCCAAGGCCGACCUCGCCGCCUUCUACCGUCAAUACAUUGAUCCCUCCUCUACCACGCGCGCCAAACUCGCCAUUCACUUAAACGCCCAAGCAGGUGCCCAGGACGACGCGAAGCCAUCCAAACAGCGCGCCAGCCUUGUCACAGCCCUCAACAAGCAACUAGAGACCGCUGGCAUUACUAUCGACGCUAGUCGUUUCGCAUCUGCAUUUGACGAGGUGGAGACCACCGUCGUCGACAAGUCCCAAAUCGUAUUCGUUGUCAAGAACUUCCUCGCCAUCGAGAAGAGCCUGUCCCAGCAGGAGAUCGAGCCCGUUCUCGAGAAGCUUGAGCAGACCAUUGGCCCCAAGUUGAAGGAGCUGGGACUUGGCUCUGGCGCUGAUGAGCAAGGCUCCGCUAAUGGCAAUGGCGUGCCUAAGCCUAUCGUCAUUACUCAUGUUCCUGCUUUCAAGGCUAGCUUGCCUGUCAGUGCUGGUCCUGUUCCUGUUAUAGAUCUGUCUGAGUACGAAGAUUUUGAUGCUAAGCUUUAA